CUCAGGGCGUGGCCAUUGUGGAUAAAGGCAGAGCUCAGGACUCCGCUUGGCAGCUGGCUUUCUCCGGAACCCCAGCUCUGCCAAAGGAGCCACCAGGUCAGUUCUCAACAUGCGAGAGGUGGCUCUCAGCCUGCUGGUCCUCCUGGCAGGUCUGCCUGCACUGGACGCCAACGACCCGGAAGAUAAAAACAGUCCUUUCUACUAUGAUUGGUACAGCCUCCGGGUCGGAGGACUCAUCUGUGCGGCGGUCAUGUGCGCCAUCGGCAUCAUUGUCCUCAUGAGCGGAAAAUGCAAAUGCAGAUUCAGUCCGAAGCCCAGUCAUCGGCCAGGGGAUGGCCCGCCUCUCAUCACUCCAGGUUCCGCCCACAACUGCUGAGGUCCCACCAGCUGAAAGAACACAGAGGGCCCUUCUUUGUCCCCACGUCCUGGCUGGGCACAGAAGCCUAGACUCCAGGGUAACCUCCUCCCUCCCCUCCUCUCAAGGGAGGGCAGGCUCUUUGUUCAAGGCUAAUACAAAAUCGUCUUGCCUGCCGCCCAGGCAGCCUGCAGA